AUGGUAAGCGAGGGAUUGAGUGAGAAGAGAACUCACUUCGUGUUCAGCGUGGAUUGUAGAUCUCGCAUGGAACAUCCCAUCUGUUCGACGUAUUUCGGCAACUGCCUCGCCGUUUGUUUUGUGGCUGCAGACUCGAAAGUAUUGAUAGGGGAGGAAGGGGUAGGGAUGGCAGUGAAGGCGAUUGGUGAAGCUUUAGGACGUUUGAAAGAGGGAGUUCUGAGAGGAGCAGAGGCAUGGCUCUCCUACGGGUCGUCUUUGUCUGUGCAGAGAGAGAGAGUAUUUUCCCUCGCAGGGUCGCCGCGGUUUGAGCUGUACAACGUGGAUUUUGGGUGGGGAAGGCCGACGAAGGUGGAGGUUGUAUCGAUUGCUAAGAGUGGAGCUUUCUCACUCUCUGAUUCAAGAGAUGGGAGUGGAGGAGUUGAGAUUGGAGUGGUGUUAAAGAAUAGUGAAAUUGAAGCCUUUUCCUCUCUGUUUGCAGAUGGUCUCUCAAAGUUCUGA